AUGAGGAAAGUCUUCAUUUUCGAUGCAACACACCUGAAGAAUGUUUAUGGUGGAGUUCUAUUUGUUGCGACUGCUCAAAAUCCUGUUCAUCACCACUAUCCAAUUGCGUUUGGUAUUGCAGAUGGUGAGAAAGAGCAUAGUUGGCUGUGGUUUAUGGAACAAUUGAAAUCAGUGAUAUCUGAUGUCCCUGGAUUGAUGUUUCUCUCAGAUAGAAACAAAAGCUUGAUCAAGGCAGUAAGUCUAGUGUUCCCUCAGGCCGAUCAUGGGUAUUGUAUAUGGCAUUUGUCUCAGAAUGUUAAAGGACACGUCCGUAACAACAGAGACACUUGUGCGUUUAAGUUUAUGGAGUGCGCACGCACUUAUGCAGAGGCUGAGUUCUUGAACCUUUAUAAUGCUUUUCGCAUGAGGUAUCCUAGCGCAGCGGAGUAUCUUGAUAAAAGUGUUGAAGAGAUGAAAUGGGCGAGAUGUUACUUUGAAGAAGAUAGGUACAAUGUUGACACCACAAAUUCAGUGGAAUCUUUUAAUGGUGUUAUUAGUGACGCGAAAAAGCUAAACAUACUACCAAUGUUUGAUUUCAUCAUCGGGAAAAUGGCUGAAUGGUUCAACAUACAUAGGAAGGAGGCAGCUGAAAUACCACCAGCACUAAAGCUUGUUCUUAUUAUGGAAACCGAAAUGUCUAAAAGAUGUGUUGAUGCAGGGUUUCUUUCCAUUGUCGAGUUAAAAAGCUUCCAUCUUGAGUAUAGUGUUCCAUCUUGA